UACUCAUAAACCGUUCAAAAAUAAAUAAAUAAAAGAUGAAUAAAAAUAAUAAUCAUCAUUUGACAAGAAUAAUCAUCAUAUUUAUAUUCAUGUGUUAAUUUCUUUCAAUAGAUCGAAGAAGUUCCUUCCGACAAAACAAAGGUUCUAAUCGAUCAAACCAUGUCUCAUCGCCACGGGGUUGAUGCUGAAUAUUUUGCGGAUGAGUAUGAAAUGGAUGAUGUAGAGGAUGAUAUUGAAAUCGAUGGUGAAUCUAUUAAUAGAGAGGCUGGUGAUGUCGACUCUGAUGUUGAUGAAUAUGAUUACUCGAGUAGUAAAGCUGUAGACACUACAGCUGCUCAAGCUAGAAGAGGACAAGACAUCCAGGGGAUUCCAUGGGAUAGCCUGAGCAUCACCAGAGAAAGGUAUCGUCAGACUAGGCUCGAGCAAUACAAGAAUUAUGAAAAUAUCUCCCAUUCGGGAGACCGGUCUGGGAAGGAUUGUAAAAGUACAGACAAAGGUUACUCAUUUUAUGAGUUCAGGAGAAAUUCAAGAUCAGUAAAAUCAACAAUUCUUCAUUUUCAGUUGAGGAAUUUGGUUUGGGCUACAUCAAAGCAUGAUGUAUACCUUAUGUCACAGUUCUCAGUAACCCAUUGGUCUUCUUUGACUUGCACAAGGUCUGAAGUACUCAAUGUUUCAGGACAUGUUGCGCCAUCAGAGAAACAUCCUGGAAGUCUUUUGGAGGGAUUCACACACACUCAAGUUAGUACACUUGCAGUUAAAGAUAAUCUUCUGGUUGCUGGAGGAUUUCAGGGUGAACUUAUUUGCAAGCACCUAGAUCGACCUGGUGUCAGCUUUUGCUCAAGGACUACUUAUGAUGAUAAUGCUAUCACCAAUGCCAUUGAGAUUUAUGCUUCUCCUAGGUAUUUAGUUUUCCUUAAUUGUUUUAUUAUUUUGAUAACGGAUAUUGGUGCUGUAUUUUUAAUAUACUUGUUCCUGGUUUUUAGUGGUGCAAUUCAUUUCACGGCAUCAAAUAAUGAUUGUGGAAUCAGAAACUUUGAUAUGGAGAAAUUUCAACUUUCUAAGUAUUUUCGUUUUCCCUGGCCAGUGAAUCAUACUUCUCUCAGUCCAGAUGGUAAGCUACUUUUGAUUGUUGGAGACAAUCCUGACAGUAUGUUGGUGGACUCUCAAAAUGGAAAGAAUAUUGCUCCAUUAUCUGGGCACUUAGAUUUUUCAUUUGCAUCAUCAUGGAAUCCCGAUGGGGUAACCUUUGCUACUGGAAACCAGGAUAAAACCUGCCGGAUUUGGGACAUGCGAAAUUUAUCCAAGUCAGUGGCAGUGCUGAAGGGAAACCUUGGAGCCAUACGUUCAAUCCGAUACAGUUCUGACGGCAAGUAUAUGGCCAUAGCAGAGCCGGCAGAUUUUGUGCAUGUAUAUGACGUGAACAGUGGGUAUGAGAAAGAACAGGAAAUUGAUUUCUUUGGUGAGAUAUCAGGCAUAUCUUUCAGUCCAGACACCGAAUCCCUUUUCAUUGGAGUAUGGGAUCGUACUUAUGGCAGCCUUCUUGAAUAUGGGCGGCGCCAUAAUUACUCAUACCUUGAUUCGAUGUUUUAGUUGAAUGACAGUCUGCUUUAUGUAUCCUUUUGGGGUAGGUUGUCAAUGUAUGUAUAAAUCGAGUGUCUUGCAAAUGUUCUCAAUUUGUAGUUGUAGUAGGGUGUGUCUAUACCAGUGUGUGUGUGUGGAAAGAGGUAUAGGGGCUAGAAGAUGAUGAAAGUGUGUGUGACUGAUCUUGAAGAUGCUGAAUAUCAUCAUCAGUAUGUAAUGCAGUAAUUGUGUCUUGGAAACUCAUUUUGGCAAUAAAAUAUAAAAUUAUAUA